AUGGAGCCGCUGCUCAAGGUGCUGCGCGAGAGCGUCCAGGUGUCGACGCUGCGCACCGCCACCUUGACGCUCUCCAAACUGUGCGGUGGCCGGCCCCAGCCGCUCUUCGAGUUGGUGUCGCCAGCGGUGCCGGUGGUGGCAGAGCUCAUCAGGACGCCUGAACAAGACGCUGAGGUGCUGAUUGACGCGUGCUGGGCACUGUCACACGUGACCGACGGGAGAGCUGACAAGGGCAUCGAGGCGGUGGUGGGCAGUGGUGUGUGCGGUCGUCUGGUGGAGCUGAUGGGCCAUGACAGCCGUAUGACUCAGAUACCUGCAGUGAGGACCGUCGGCAACGUCGUGGCGGGUACAUUAACGCAUACACGGAGGGCUGGGUUGACGAGACAGAUUACGGUGGCUGGUCAAUGCAUGCCCUGAUGUUGUGCCGGAUGUGUGUGUGGUCUCAGGCAAUGAUGUUCAGACACAGGCAAUGAUCGACUUCGGCGCCAUUCCUGCCUUGCAGGCGCUGCUGUCGUCGCCCGUGGUGGGUAUUCGCAGGCAGGCAUGCUGGACGAUCUCCAACAUCAUGGCUGGUGGGUGAGCCAAGAAAUACGCACUCAAGCAAAACAGUGGGGACAAUGACGUAUCUGUGUCUGGUCAGGUUCACGUGAGCAGCGUCAGGCGGUCAUCGAUGGCGACGUGGUGCCGCAAGUGAUCACCAUAGCCACCACAGACACGCCGGGCGUCAAGCGAGAGGCGGUGUGGGCCGUCAUCAACGGGGUGCUUGGCGAAUCGCAGCAGCAGGUAGAGAUAAGACCAGCUGCAAAGAAUGUGCUGUAAUGUCAUGGUUGUUCAGGUUGAGUACUUGGUUGCGGGUGGUUGCGUCGGGCCACUGUGUGAUCUGCUCGUCGACGGCACUGAGGGCGCCAUGCUCAAAGACGCACUCCAUGCAGUCCUCAAAAUGCUGCGGUACAGUACCUUCUCCAUCACAACGACACUCACACCACCACACCGCGCAUAUGUUGGUGGUUUUGUUUUAUACAGUGUGGGUCACCAGGUGGAGGUGCGUGACGGCCUCCCGCACAACCCCUACCGCAACCUCAUACAACAGGUAGGUCACAUGCGGGCAAAAAAGAAGGCGCCCAUCUGCUUCGUAUGUAGGCCGAUGGAGUGGCCAGCCUUUCGCAGCUGACGCACCACGCCGAUGAGAACAUACGCAACCUGGUAUGUCGACAGAAUGUUUCCCCACACGGAUGUCCGUGCAUGCGCUUGUGUUCCUCUAUUGCGUUGGUUCAGUCGGUCGCGGCCAUGGAGGCUAUGAUGGUAGAGGAUGAGAGCGACGCCGGCUCAGAAGGCACCGACACCACCAAGACCAGUGACGGGGAGGACGGCAACGAGUGAUUGCGGGCAGGGGUGUGUGAUGAUGGUGUGAUUUCUGCCUUGCGAGAGAAAAGAGGAACAUUUGUUCAUCUCUGGUGGACCAAUGAUCGCACCGUGCAUGGACUGAUUUACGAAUACAUACGUGAUGGCAG